AUGGAUAUCCCUCCACCCGUCGUCGUCGGCCUAGAAGGCCUCAUCAAGCACUCCCUCCCCCGAAUCACCCAAAUCCGCAGCACCGCAGCCGCCAUGACAAACAUCACACGCUUGUCGCCCUUUUUGAAGCGCCUUCAGGUCAGCGUCCUGCUGCUAGGCACAAUCUACCGCAAACUCUCGCAAUACGACACAAUGCCGGGGUCCGACAUGUGUGUCGGCAUCUGCCAUGAUAGCCUUGUACAGACGCAGGGCAUGAUCGAAGCAGUGUUGCGAAACGAAGACGACAAUGUGUACAAUGUCGGCACUGGGGAGUUGAUCGAAAGGCUGCCUGACGAGAUCAACUCGUUCAUCUCUUCCGUGGAGCUUUUGAGGAGCACAUACCAUGAAGCACAGGCCGAGUCCAUCCUCAAAUCCAUGCGGGAGCUCACCGAGUUGCGACGCGACUACUCGAAGCAUCUGAAAGAGUGCAAACAGCUCAAAGCAGAGCAAGCGAAGCUUACCAUCGCCGACGCGUCGAGUGAAGACGAACAUGUGUCGAGCUCAGACAACGGAACGAGCCUCACCGAGCCGGAGGUGCCAUCACCACUUGCUUCUCCGGGGGAAAAGCCUGUGGAGCACAAGGAGUCGCACAUGGACGAUCUGGCGCUUGGGGAAGCAGAGUCAAUGCUGAGAAGAGACACGCAGGUUGAACCUGAACUAGACCGACCUCAGCAUAAAGAUGAUGGGUGCUGA